UACAUAUACUAAAUAAUGUAUGUGGGGAAUUUGUUUUGAUUUAGAAUGGACCAUUAUCAUGCACCUGUCUCGAAACAUGGGCAGGGGGGAAAAAAAAAAGUCAUCUAUGCACUUAAAUAGCAAAUGGAGGACGCUUUUCCGGUGGUUCAUUUUCAUGCCAGCCAGGUAGGCUAUACUCCUGUUGUAAAGAUAAAAAAUGUGCUUAAUAUUAGGAAAGUUGAGAAAUAAAUAUAGUAGGCCUAGCCUAUAGAAAGCUGAUGGGAUCCUCCUCUUUUUAGUAGAGGCCAUCACUCUGUUUUCUCACGCAAUUGCAUAGCCUAUAGAAAUGUUGCGCAAGAUGAGCUCAUGGGCUCUCAUGAAGUGUUUGAUUAGAUUUUCGAUUACAUUUGCACUGAUGUCAGCCUAGUUACCAUGACUAAACGGUCACGUGGAAUUUGAGAGCCUUCAUGACUCGUGACCACCGGUGUGGCGGUCACAGUGGUCAGGUAUUCUGCCACUGUGUACUCUCUGUUGAGGGCCAAAUAGCAUUCUAGUUUGCUCAGUUUUUUUGUUAAUUCUUUCCAAUGUGUCAAGUAAUUAUAUUUUUGUUUUCCCAUGAUUUGGUUGGAUCUAAUCUCUCUCUCUCUCUCUCUCUCUCUCUCUACUCUCUCUCUCUCUCUCUCUCUCUCUCUCUCUCUCUCUCUCUCUCUCUCUCUCUCUCUCUCUCUCCUAUCUCUCUCUAUUCUAUCUCCUCUCCUCUCUCUCCAUUCCUCAUGUAUCUCUGUAUCUCUGCUGUGCCUGUAGUUUUGUCAUGGACGCCCACUGCAGUUGUUUAGCAGUGAUUUUAAUCUAAUCUUAAUCUCACUCAGUCUGUGACUGACCCUAAUCUACCACGGUCUCAUUAAUGGGAUUAUGCCCUGUCCUUGGCUCUAGUCCUUGCUCCCUGCCUCUGGUUCCUGCCUGGUACGAGUUGCAUUGCAGGGGGGAGCACUUUAAUGUCGCACACAGACACAAUGCCCUACAGCUUUACUGUACUGGUUCACUGUGGUGACAUCCAACAGAGACAGGGUUAGUUUAGGUUGAAUGAACAACACACAGACACUUUAUAAUAUGAUCUCCCUCAUGAAGACAGUAUAUUCUUUCCAAAUGAUUGAGGAUAGGAGGGAGGGAGGGAGGGAGGGAGGGAGAGAGAGAGGAGAGAGAGAGAGAGAGAGAGAGAGAGAGAGAGAGAGAGAGAGAGAGAGAGAGAGAGAGAGAGAGAGGAGAGAGAGAGAGAUAACCAGAACCGAGAGAGAGAGAGAGAGAGAGCAACAGGUAGAAUAUCUAUAAUUUGUCUAGUGUAGAGAUGUUGUCAACCAAGUUCAAGGAAAAGAGAGCUUGGUGGUGUUAUACUACUGUUAUACCGCCCCCUGCAGGAAUUGGACUUCAACCACACAUACACCAUGUCCUCAGUGAGCAGGGAUUUACCAUCAUGUGACAUGAAAUUUUUACUUACUCACUCUCUCUCCUCUCCGUUCUCCUCCCCCUCUCUGUCUUGAAUCAUUGCAGUCUUCCCUCUUCCCCUCAGUCUCGAGGCUAUCCCCACUCAGAGGAAAAGCCGCUAGCUGAAAAAGGCUCUCUCAGACCCCGAGAGAGAUCCUCUCUCGCCGCCCUCUCUCUUCUCUAUCCCACCUCUCUCUCUUCUCCCGAAUCUCUCUCUCUCACCCCAUUCCGCCCUCUCUCUCCUCCCCUCUCUCUCUCUCACCCACCCCCCCCCCCCACCACGACCAGGCGUUGUCGUACCUGGGUCUGGACGUGACAGAGGAGAAGAGAAGGAAGCUGAGACAAAGUCUGACCACUGACCCACAGGGAACCGUGUCCUACGGAGGUAUACUGUCACCAUAGCUACUACACACCUACUGUCACCAUAGCUACUACACACCUACUGUCACCAUAGCUACCACACACCUACUGUCACCAAAGCUACCACUGACCCACAGGGAACCGUGUCCUACAGAGGUAUACCGUUAUCAUAGUUACCAGGGUUUGGGGUCAAUUCAAAUCAAAUCAAAUUGUAUUGGUCGCAUACACAUAUUUAGCAGAUGUUAUUGUGGGUGGAGCUAAAUUCCUAGCUCCAACAGUGCAGUAAUAUAUAACAAUUCACAACAAUACACACAAAUCUAAAAGUAAAGAAGAAACAUAUAAAUAUUAGGAAGAGCAAUGUCGGAAUCCGGAGAAUAAAUAUAUAUAUACAGUGUGUGUGAUGGGAUGUAUAGACAUUAUGGACAGUAUGUGGAUAGAAUAUAUAGUAUAUACAGUGGGGAAAAAAAGUAUUUAGUCAGCCACCAAUUGUGCAAGUUCUCCCACUUAAAAAGAUGACAGAGGCCUGUAAUUUUCAUCAUAGCUACACGUCAACUAUGACAGACAAAUUGAGGAAAGAAAAUCCAGAAAAUCACAUUGUAGGAUUUUUUAUGAAUUUAUUUGCAAAUUAUGGUGGAAAAUAAGUAUUUGGUCACCUACAAACAAGCAAGAUUUCUGGCUCUCACAGACCUGUAACAACUUCUUUAAGAGGCUCCUCUGUCCUCCACUCGUUACCUGUAUUAAUGGCACCUGUUUGAACUUGUUAUCAGUAUAAAAGACACCUGUCCACAACCUCAAACAGUCACACUCCAAACUCCACUAUGGCCAAGACCAAAGAGCUGUCAAAGGACACCAGAAAUAAAAUUGUAGACCUGCACCAGGCUGGGAAGACUGAAUCUGCAAUAGGUAAGCAGCUUGGUUUAAAGAAAUCAACUGUGGGAGCAAUUAUUAGGAAAUGGAAGACAUACAAGACCACUGAUAAUCUCCCUCGAUCUGGGGCUCCACGCGAGAUCUCACCCCGUGGGGUCAAAAUGAUCACAAGAACGGUGAGCAAAAAUCCCAGAACCACACGGGGGGACCUAGUGAAUGACCUGCAGAGAGCUGGGACCAAAGUAACAAAGCCUACCAUCAGUAACACACUACGCCGCCAGGGACUCAAAUCCUGCAGUGCCAGACGUGUCCCCCUGCUUAAGCCAGUACAUGUCCAGGCCUGUCUGAAGUUUGCUAGAGUGCAUUUGGAUGAUCCAGAAGAGGAUUGGGAGAAUGUCAUAUGGUCAGAUGAAACCAAAAUAGAACUUUUUGGUAAAAACUCAACUCGUCGUGUUUGGAGGACAAAGAAUGCUGAGUUGCAUCCAAAGAACACCAUACCUACUGUGAAGCAUGGGGGUGGAAAUAUCAUGCUUUGGGGCUGUUUUUCUGCAAAGGGACCAGGACGACUGAUCCGUGUAAAGGAAAGAAUGAAUGGAGCCAUGUAUCGUGAGAUUUUGAGUGAAAACCUCCUUCCAUCAGCAAGGGCAUUGAAGAUGAAACGUGGCUGGGUCUUUCAGCAUGACAAUGAUCCCAAACACACCGCCCGGGCAACGAAGGAGUGGCUUCGUAAGAAGCAUUUCAAGGUCCUGGAGUGGCCUAGCCAGUCUCCAGAUCUCAACCCCAUAGAAAAUCUUUGGAGGGAGUUGAAAGUCCGUGUUGCCCAGCGACAGCCCCAAAACAUCACUGCUCUAGAGGAGAUCUGCAUGGAGGAAUGGGCCAAAAUACCAGCAACAGUGUGUGAAAACCUUGUGAAGACUUACAGAAAACGUUUGACCUGUGUCAUUGCCAAUAAAUGGUAUAUAACAAAGUAUUGAGAAACUUUUGUUAUUGACCAAAUACUUAUUUUCCACCAUAAUUUGCAAAUAAAUUCAUAGAAAAUCAUACAAUGUGAUUUUCUGGAUUUUUUUUUCUCAUUUUGUCUGUCAUAGUUGACGUGUACCUGUGAUGAAAAUUACAGGCCUCUCUCAUCUUUUUAAGUGGGAGAACAUGCACAAUUGGUGGCUGACUAAAUACUUUUUUCCCCCACUGUAUGUAGGAUACGUAGGAUAGAAUAGUAUAAUGUACAGCAAUAGUUGCAUAGGAUGGCCUUGACUAGAAUACAUAUGACAUGGCUAAAACAGUAUGUAGACAUUAUUAAAGUGACCAGUGCUCCAUUAUUAAAGUGACCAGUGUUCCAUUAUUAAAGUGACCAGCGUUCCAUUAUUAAAGUGACCAGUGUUCCAUUAUUAAAGUGACCAGUGUUCCAUGUCUAUGUACAUAGGGCAGCAGCCUCUAAGGUGCAGGGUUGAGUAAACGGGUGGUAGCCGGCAAGUGACAGUGACUAAGUUCAGGGCAGUGUACUGGGUGGAGGCCGGCUAGUGAUGGCUAUUUAACAGUCUGAUGGCCUUGAGAUAGAAGCUGUUUUUCAGUCUCUCGGUCCCAGCUUUGAUGCAUCUGUACUGACCUCACCUUCGCGGGGUGAACAGGCCGUGGCUCCGGUGGCUGAGGUCCUUGAUGAUAUUCUUGGCCUUCCUGUGACACCGGGUGCUGUAGAUGUCUUGGAGGGCAGGCAGUGUGCCCCCGGUGAUGCGUUGGACUGACCGCACCACCCUCUAGAGAGGCCUGCGGUUGCCAGGCGGUGAUACAGCCCAACAGGAUGCUCUCAAUGGUGCAUCUGUAAAAGUUUGUGGGUCUUAGGGGGCAAGCCACAUUUCUUCAGCCUCCUGAGUUUGAAGAGGCGCUGUUGCGCUUUCUUCACCACACUGUGUGUGUGGGUGGACCAUUUCAGAUUGUCAGUGAUCUGUACGCUGAGGAACUUGAAGCUUUUCACCUUCUCCACUGCGGUCCCGUCGAUGUGGAUAGGGGGUGCUCCCUCUGCUGUCUCCUGAAGUCCACGAUCAGCUCCUUCAUUUUGUUGACGUUGAGGGAGAGGUAAUUUUCCUGGUACCACUCGGCCAGGGCCCUCACCUCCUCCUUGUACUCUGUCUUGUUGUUGUUGGUAAUCAGGCCUACCACUGUUGUGUCUUCGAGUACAGGAGGGGCUGAGCACACACCCUUGUGGUGCCCCUGUAUUGAGGAUCAGCAUAGUGGAGGUGUUGUUACCUACCUUCACCACCUGGGGGCGGCCCGUCAGGAUGUCCAGUACCCAGUUGCACAGGGCGGGGUUCAGACCCAGGGCCCCGAGCCUAAUUAAGGCUGAGCUGUAGUCAACUAACAGCAUUCUCACAUAGGUAUUCCUCUUGUCCAGUUGAAAUGAGGGCAUUGUGCAGUGCGAUGGCGAUUGCAUCAUCCGUGGAUCUAUUGGGGCGGUAUGCAAAUUGCAGUGGGUUUAGGGUGUCAAGUAAGGUAGAGGUGAUAUGAUCCUUAACUAGCCUCUCAAAGCACUUCAUGAUGACAGAAGUGAGUGCUACGGGGCGAUAGUCUUUUAGUUCAGUUACCUUGGCUUUCUUGGGUACAGGAACAAUGGUGGCCAUCUUGAAGCAAGUGGGGACAGCAGACUGGGAUAGGGAGAGAUUGAAUAGGUCCGUAAACACUCCAGCCAGCUGGUCUGUGCAUGCUCUGAGGACGCGGCUAGGGAUGCCGUCUGGGACGGCAGCCUUGCGAGGGUUAACACGCUUAAACGUCUUACUCUGGGAUAAGUUAAAUCGCCUUGGGGGGUAUGAACAAAGGAUCCAAUUCAGGAAAAUCGUAUUUCUGGUCGAAAUGCUGGAAGUAAUAACGCACAAAAACUUUCUGGGCUGAUAAUGUAAGAAAUAACACACAUAAAAACGAAAUAGUGCAAAGUUGCGUAGGAGCUAGAAACAGAGCGGCCAUGUCUAUCAGCGCCAUCCAUUUCAAUUCAGUCAAUUCAGGUGGUAAACACAAAUUCCACACGAUAAAAAAUCUCAAAGAGAAGUAUUGAGUAAACAUGAAUUGACUGAAUUAAUAUGGACUUGACCCCAACCCAACCCAGCCACACCAAUAUCCCUUUACCCUGUUCAGACACAGUCUGUGUCCUCGAUGGCUCCCUUUUCACAAGCUACUACAUAAUAAGGGGUUCCGAUUGGCUCCUCAUGUUUUAUUUAUUUAGAGUAUAACCCUUCUUUUGCAUUUGUUGUCGUCGGGCAGACUUCGUUGAGGCCACACGCAACGUCUACCAAGAGAAGCUGGAGGAGGCGGGACUAGGGCAGAAAGAGUUCAUGUUCUCCUAUCACGAAGCAGCUAGCUUGAUGGACACCUCCGCCUUCCACUCCCCGGUAAGCCCACACACACACACACACGAACACGCACACACACACACACACACACACACACACACACACACACACACACACACACACACACACACACACACACACACACACACACACACACACACACACACACACAGGGAUUAAAGAAAACAACAUUGACUUGUGCUUCUUGUUUCAAAGUAGUGGGUUUAUUAAAGUCCUCCUGACUUUGAGGCUUGUGUUACUUUGUGAAGUUUGAGUUAGUGAAGAGGAUUUACAAACCGUGUUUCUUAGAGGAGAUUUACACCGUGCAGCAGCAGCACAAGGGAAUCAUCAAAGCUGUCACACACACACACACACACACACACACACACACACACACACACACACACACACACACACACACACACACACACACACAGACACACACACACAGACAGUCUUUAAGAGCUGCCUGCCUCCAUUGUGAUGUUCCCUGUCAGAUGAGGGCUGUGCUUCUCACAUCUUUGUAUGUAUGAGUGUGUGUGUGCUUGGGUGUGUGUGCACGUACAAUGCGUAGGUGUGUGUGUGAGAGAGAGAGAGAGAGACACCCCCCCACCCCCAGUCUAAUGCUAUUGCUGUGUUGUGUAUCAGACCUUUGAUUCAGAAUGCUCCUACAGUAGUGAAGAGCUGGAACACUUUCAGACGGAGGUGAAACAGCUGCAGAACCAGAUUAAACAACUCAAGGUGAACUCACACUUCUGUCCAAACAUCACGUCAGUGUGUGUGUGUGUGUGAGAGAGAGAGAGAGAGAGAGAGAGAGAGAGAGAGAGAGAGAGAGAGAGAGAGAGAGAGAGAGAGAGAGAGAGAGAGAGAGAGAGAGAGAGAGAGAGAGAGAGAGAGAGAGAGAGAGAGAGAGAGAGAGAGCUGUGAAUAUCACAUUCAAUUACAUUAAAAUUUAUUAACAGUCAUUUUCAGAUAUCCACUGCAACUGAUAGUGUUAUAACCACUGGGUAAUCUAAUAGCUUUUCUCAACAUAACUAAUAACUUUUACAUUUAUAACACGAUAUAAUGUAGAUUUUAUAAAUCACCGGAUAAUGGAAUGUUGAACAAAAAACUUUUUUUUGUGGUAAUUUAUAACUAUACUGAACAAAAAAUAUAAACACAACAUGUAAAGUGAUGGUCCCAUGCUUCAUGAGCUGAAAUAAAAUAUCCCAGAAAUGUUCCAUACGCACAAAAAGCUUAUUCUUCUCAAAUUUUGUGGACAAAUUUGUUUACAUCCCUGUUAGUGAGCAUUUCUUCUUAACCAAGAUAGUCCAUCCACCUGACCGGUGUGGCAUAUCAAGAAGCUGAUUAAACAGCAUAAUCAUUACACAGGUGCACCUUGUGCUGGGGACAAUAAAAGGCCACUUUAAAAUGUGCAGUUUUGUCACACAAUACAAUGCCACAGAUGUCUCAAGUUUUAAGCGAGCAUACAAUUGGCAUGCUGACUGCAGGAAUGUCCACCAGAGCUGUUGCCAGAUAAUUUAAUGUUAAUUUCUCUACCAUAAGCCACCUCUAACAUCAUUUUAGAGAAUUUGACAGUACGUCCAACCGGCCUCACAAUCGCAGACCACAUGUAACCACGCCAGCCCUGGACCUCCACAUCUGGCUUCUUCACCUGCGGGAUCGUCUGAGACCAGCCACCCGGACAGCUGAUGAAACUGUGGGUUUGCACAACUGAAGAAUUUCUGCACAAACUGUCAGAAACCGUCUCAGGGAAGUUCAUCUGCGUGCUCGUCGUCCUCACCAGGGUCUUGAUCUGACUGCAGUUCGACGUCGUAACCGACUUCAGUGGGCAAAUGCUCACCUUCGAUGGUCACUGGCACGCUGGAGAAGUGUGCUCUUCACGGAUGAAUCCCGGUUUCAACUGUACUGGGCAGAUGGCAGAAAGAGUGUAUGGCGUCGUGUGGACGAGCGGUUUGCUGAUGUAAACGUUGUGAGCAGAGUGCCCCAUGGUGGUGGUGGGGUUAUGGUAUGGGCAGGCGUAAGCUACGGACAACGAACACAAUUGCAUUUUAUCGAUGGCAAUUUGAAUGCACAGAGAUACCGUGACAAGAUCCUGAGGCCCAUUGUCGUGCCAUUCAUCCGCCGCCAUCACCUCAUGUUGCAGCAUGAUAAUGCACUGCCCCAUGUUGCAAGAAUCUGUACACAAUUCCUGGAAGCUGAAAAUGUCCCAGUUCUUCCAUGGCCUGCAUACUCACCAGACAUGUCACCCAUUGAGCAUGUUUGGGAUGCUCUGGAUCGAUGUGUACGACACCGUGUUCCAGUUCCCGCCAAUAUCCAGCAACUUCGCACAGCCAUUGAAGAGGAGUGGGACAACAUACCACAUUCCACAAUCAACAGCCUGAUCAACUCUAUGCGAAGGAGAUGUGUCCUGCUGCAUGAAGCAAAUGGUGGUCACACCAGAUACUGACUGGUUUUCUGAUCCAUGCCCCUACCUUUUUUUAAAGGUAUCUGUGACCAACGGAUGCGUAUCUGUAUUCCCAGUCAUGUCAAAUCCAUAGAUUAGGGCCUAAUGAAUUUAUUUCAAUUUACUGAUUUCCUUAUAUGAACUGUAACUCAGUAAAAUCUUUGAAAUUGUUGCAUGUUGCGUUUAUAUUUUUGUUCAGUGUAAAUUGUUAAUUUUCAUACACCAUGUACAGUAUAUGUACUCAUGUAAAUGUUUAUACACAAAUAUACAAUGUUACAAUGUUGCAAUGGUACAAUGGUACAAUGUUGCAAUGUUACAAUGUUACAAUGUUGCAAUGUGUAUCAGAGUAACUUUGAAUUGACUUUAACUUUGUUCACAGUCAAGUCACAGUCAACCUGCUGGUUUUCCUACACUACCCCAGGUCAGUCAACCUGCUGGUUUUCCUACACUACCCCAUGUCAGUCAACCUGCUGGUUUUCCUACACUACCCCAGGUCAGUCAACCUGCUGGUUUUCCUACACUACCCCAGGUCAGUCAACCUGCUGGUUUUCCUACACUACCCCAGGUCAGUCAACCUGCUGGUUUUCCUACACUACCCCAUGUCAGUCAACCUGCUGGUUUUCCUAAACUACCCCAUGUCAGUCAACCUGCUGGUUUUCCUAAACUACCCCAGGUCAGUCAACCUGCUGGUUUUCAUAAACUACCCCAUGUCAGUCAACCUGCUGGUUUUCCUAAACUACCCCAGGUCUCCCUGAAGGAGACAGAGCACAGCAAGACGACCCUGGAGGAGGAGCUACACAGCACCUCAGAUGUGAGUGACAACCGGAUUCAGCCAAUCACAAUGCUAAUGGAUGGAUUAAUGAAUCAGUAGUAUUAUAUUGUAUUACAGUUUAGUAUAUAGCAUCAUAUCCCUUCAUAUCCCAUCAUAUCAUAUCAUAUCAUAUCCUAUCCUAUCAUAUCCCAUCAUAUCCCAUCUUAUCCCAUCAUAUCAUAUCAUAUCCUAUCCUAUCCUAUCCUAUCAUAUCCCAUCAUAUCCCAUCAUAUCCCAUCGUAUCCCAUCAUAUCAUAUCAUAUCCUAUCGUAUCGUAUCAUAUCGUAUCUCUUUGCCAGGCAUAGUUGUAUUAACACACUCUCAUUCUUGCUCUUUCUCCCCCCUCCCUCCCUCCCUCCCUCCAUCAGAAAGCGUGUGCGACGGUGGAGGAGAACAGUCGUCUGAAGACUCGUCUGCAGGUAAUAUUAAUCUUCUAAUAAACCACAAAACAAGACAAGACUCUUCACCCACACAACUGCUCCAUGGUCUCUGCAGUAUGGCUGCCCCCUGCUCCAUGGUCUCUGCAGUAUGGCUGCCCCCUGCUCCAACUUCUAUGUGUGUGUAUGUGUGUCUUUCCGAGGGGAUAAAGCCGAAGUAGAAUUUCCAUUGGACCUUGGGUACAAUUCUUCUCCUUUAUCAUCUUCUUCUUCUUCUUCUUCUUCUUCUUCUUCUUCUUCUUCUUCUUCUUCUUCUUCUUCUUCUUCUUCUUCUUCUUCUUCUUCUUCUUCUUCUUCUUCUUUUCUUCUUCCCCUGCAGAGCGAGAGACAUAGUAACAGUGCAGAGCAGGACUAUGAAGAGGUCAUUACACUGCUGGAGGCUGAGAUCAAAGACCUGAAGAACCAACUGGCGGGCAGGAAACAGAAGGGUCUGGAGGCUACUAAGGUAGACUUAAAACCAAUUUAUGAUAGAAAAAGACUAGUGUCGUCUGGGUGGGCCGUAGACACAAGUGACCACAAAGCAGACAAAAAGACGUGAAUGUUGGUCGCAGUGGAGGGGUAGCAGACCUCUCGAUUUCUGAAACAACCCAGACAAGUGUCUGUGACCCACCAGGACAACACUAGUCUUUUCUACCAUAAAUUACUGUGACCCACCAGCACAACACUAGUCUUUUCUACCAUAAAUUACUGUGACCCACCGAACAAACCAACAUGCAAAUUACUGUGACCCACCAGAACAACACUAGUCUUUCUACCAUAAAUUACUGUGGACCCACCAGGAAACACUAGUCCUUUUACCAUACAUUUUACUGUGACCCACCAGGACAACACUAUUACUUGACGGUGACACCAGGACAACACUAGUCUUUUCUCCAUAAAUUACGUGACCCACAGACAACACUAGUCUUUUCUACCUAAAUACUGUGAGCCUAUGAACGGGGACCCACCAAACAACACUAGUCUUUUCUACCAUAAAUUACUGUGACCCACCAGAACAACACUAGUCUUUUCUACCAUAAAUUACUGUGACCCACCAGAACAAAACUUCUUUCUACCAAAAUUUUGUGACCACCGGCAACACUAGUCUUUCUCCAUCAUUACUGGACCACCCGGACAACACUAGUCUUUUCUACCAUAAAAAUUUCUGGACCCCCCAGGACAACAUAGUCUUUUUACCAAAAUUUACUGUGACCCACCGAAAAAAACUAGUCUUUUCUACCUAAAUUUUGUGACCACCAGGACAACACUAGUCUUUUUACCAUAAAUUUAAAGUGAGCCCCCAAAAGGACACACUAGUCUUUUUUCCAAAAAUUCGUGGAACCACCCCGAACAACACAGUUUUUUUUACCAUAAAUUCUUGACCCACUAGAACAACACUAAACUUUUUCCCUAUAUUACUGUGACCCCCCGAACACCACUAGUCUUUUCUACCAUAAAAAUUUCUGUGACCACCAGGACAACACUAGUCUUUCUACCAUAAAUUACUGUGACCCACCAGAAAAAAACACUAGUCUUUUUUUCCAAAAUGACGUGACCCCCCAGGGCAACAUAGUCUUUUUUACCUAAAUUACGUGACCCCCCGGACAACAAGUAUUUUUUACCCUAAAUUACUGUGACCACCAGGCAACAUAGUUUUAACCAUAAAUUCCGUGCCCCCCCAGAAAAAACACUAGUCUUUUUUUGUUUUAAUUACGUGACCACCCCAAAAAAUAGCUUUCCCAUACUACUUUACCCACCAGGACAAACUGUCUUGUUACCCUAAAAAUUUCUGUGACCCCCCCAGGACAACCCCCUGUCUUUUCUACCAUAAAAACUUGACCCACCAGAAACCCCCCAAAAUAGUUUUUUCUUUUCCAUUUAAAUUUUGUGACCCCCCAGGGCAAAAACUGCUUUUUCACCAAAAUUAGUGACCCCCCAGAACAAACUGUCUUUUUUCCCCUAAAUACGGCCCCCCUUAAAAAAACACUAAUCUUUUACCCUAAUUACGUGACCCCCAGAACAACACAGUCUUUUUACCAUAAAUUAUGUGACCCACCAGGGCAACACUAGUCUUUUUUACCAUAAAAAACUGGCCCACCAGAACAACACUAUCUUUUUUACCAUAAAUUUCUGGACCCACCAGAAAAAAACACUAGUCUUUUCUACCAUAAAUUAUGGACCCACUGAACAACACUAACUUUUUUACCAAUAUUACUGGACCCCCCAGAAACCCCCAAAAUAGUCUUUUCUACCAAAAUUACUGGCCCCCCCAGGACAAAACCCAGUUUUUCUACCCAAAAUUACUGUGACCCCCCAGAACAACACUAGUCUUUUUUCCAUAAAUCUGGACCCACCAGGACAACACAGUCUUUUCUACCCUAAAGACUGUGACCCCCCGGACAACAUAGUUUUUCACCAUACUUCUGGCCCCCCACCCAAAAACAUAGCUUUUAACCAUAAAAAUUUGUACCCCCCAGAAAAAACACUGUUUUUUAUGAUCAAUUGGACCCCCCCGAAAACAAAAAGUCUUUUUAUGAUCAAUUAUGUGACCCACCAGGACAACCACUAGUCUUUUUCUACCAUAAAUUACUGUGACCCACAGAACAACAUAGUCUUUUUCUACCAUAAAUUACUGUGACCCCACCCCAGGACAACACUAGUCUUUUUUCUACCAUAAUUACUGUGACCCACCAGAAACAACACUAGUCUUUUCUACCCAUAAUGACUGUGACCCACCAGGACAACACUAGUCUUUUAUACCAUACAUUACUGUGACCCACCAGGACAACACUAGUCUUUUCUACCAUAAAUUAUUGUGACCCACCAGGACAACACUAGUCUUUUAUACCAUAAAUUACUGUGACCCACCAGAACAACACUAGUCUUUUCUAUGAUCAAUUACUGUGACCCACCAGAACAACACUAGUCUUUUCUACCAUAAAUUACUGUGACCCACCAGGACAACACUAGUCUUUUCUACCAUACAUUACUGUGACCCACCAGGACAACACUAGUCUUUUCUACCAUAAAUUACUGUGACCCACCAGGACAACACUAGUCUUUUCUACCAUAAAUUAAGCCUUACAAUCAGAGAUCCAGUGUGCAAAACCCCUUUCUUCCCUGUCUCUACACAGCUCUCGUUCUGUCUUAAUGUAUGUUUUUUACACUUUUCCACUGACCCUUACUUUAACGCCAAACCUACACCAGUUACUCCUAAUUCUGAAUUCAGAACAAAUAGUGUACUUGUACUUGCUAUGUGUACUGCUAGUGUACUUGCUAUGUGUACUUGCUAGUACAUCUACUGACUGUUGUUCUGUGUGUUGUACCCCAGGAGGAUGUGAUGGAGUUUAACAGGAAGUUGUUCUGUGUGUUGUAUCCCAGGAGGAUGUGAUGGAGUUAAACAGGAAGUUGUUCUGUGUGUUGUACCCCAGGAGGAUGUGAUGGAGUUAAACAGGAAGUUGUCGAUGAUUGGCUGUCAGCUGAGGAAGUCUGAGCUGAGCAGAAGACACCUGGAGAUCUCCAACAAGAAACUACUGGGCUUCGCACAGGUAACAUUACACCUGUAACACAGUAACACACCUUUACAACAACACUACCUGUCCACUUCUCAGCUGUAAACACAGUCACACAGGUUCUGUAACACACCUACCUGUGAGCCAUAGCUGACGCCUCUAGUUGUGCUCUUUGAUGUUCUGAACCUGUACUGCCUCCUACUGGCUCAAAACUACUUUUUAGUUUUAUGAAUGUGGAUUUCUGUGCUGACUGACUGACUGACUGACUAACUGACUGACUGACUGACUGACUGACUGACUGGCUGACUGGCUGACUGGCUGACUGACUAACUGACUGACUGACUGACUGGCUGGCUGACUGACUAACUGGCUGGCUGACUAACUGGCUGACUGUUUAUUUCUCAGAAUGUUCACAAAGUGCUCACCACCCCCAGCUUGUUUGGAAUGGAAAAUGGGUAAGUGCUUAUCUUCCAAAUGUAUCUCCUUUAUGAGAACCCUUCAAACUUUUGUUCAUUCUUACAGUCUGUUGAUAUCACUGGAGGGUGUGUGUGUGCACGUGUGUGUGUGCAUGUGUGUGUGUGUGUGUGUGUGUGUGUGUGUGUGUGUGCACGUGCGUGUGUGUGUGUGUGUGCACGUGUGUGUGUGUUCUUGUUUGUACUAAUAUGUAUCCUGCAUUCUCCAGGGGUAACAGGACCUCUCCAGCCACAGACAGUCCAGAUACCCCCUCUCCCAUACUAGACCCAGCCUGCCAGCUAGCUGCAGAGGCCAGGGAGCUGGUGGAGGGGGUCAGAACCCUGAGCAGCACCGAUGAUACAGCCCCUCUCAGUGACUCAGAGGGGGGUGAACCACCUGACCCAGCCAUGGACCCUAACCGGGCCGCAGAGUAAGUAUGAUCAGCACUUACUUCCACUGAUAACCCAUCUGGAUCUAGAUGGAAUAUGGCCUCUGAGUCGUUGAUAGCCAUAGUCUGUGGUGUUUGGCCUCUGAUGCUAUGAUAGCCAUAGUCUGUGGUGUUUGGCCUCUGAGUCGUUGAUAGCCAUAGUCUGUGGUGUUUGGCCUCUUGAUGCUAUGAUAGCCAUAGUCUGUGGUGUUUGGCCUCUGAGUCGUUGAUAGCCAUAGUCUGUGGUGUUUGGCCUCUGAUGCUAUGAUAGCCAUAGUCUGUGGUGUUUGGCCUCUGAGUCGUUGAUAGCCAUAGUCUGUGGUGUUUGCUCUGUGCUCCAAAUCUCUCUACGUCUGUAACUCCAACCUUGAACACUGCAAUGACGCUAAUAUUGAUUAUUGCUAUCUAGAAUGUAAUUGGCUUGGAACUUUUGAGUUUGCUGAACUUGUGUGGCCAUUUCUUAAAGUGUAUUAUCAAUGUAUUGUCACCUUAUACGUUUCAACAAACUAAUCAAAAAUCUAGCCUCUCUUCCCUUUUUUUGCAUUUCAUCCUCUCCUUCUCUUCCCUCUCCUCCUCCUUACCUUCCCCUCUUCCCUCUCGUCCUCUCGUCCUCAGCCCUCACAGCUCGCCGGCUCAGACGUCUCCUACAGGAGUUCCAGCCAAAGACAAGCGCCACCAGUAGAGAACGUUUGGAGAACAUCAUAGAGAGCGUUUUUAGAGAACGUUGCAAGGACGUCAAAAGAACAACGUGGCUUGGCACUGGGCUCAGGAGAACACUGUGCUUGGCUGACUACCUUUACCUAAAAACUACCAACAACCCUUUAAAAGACAGACAGACAGACAGACAGAC